AGGCGGCGGGAGGCCGGGCCAUGCCGGGAGGCCGCCCGGCGGCCCGGGCUAAUCAUUAAUCAUCAGCCGCCCCUCGGCAGGCACUGCCCGGCCCCCGCUCGCCAGGGCCGGGCUCCCACCCGCCGCCAUCUCCCCGUGCCCGGCCGCGGCCCCCCGCGGGCGCCAUGGAGGGCGAGGGGAACGCGACCCUGCCCCCGCCCUGCGGCGCCAGCGAGCCGCCCUUCGCCUGGGAGCUGCUGGGCAGCCUUGACCUCGCUGGUAGAUUUCUCUUUGCAAUCUUGACUCUGAUGACGCUAAUUGCUGAUCUGGUAUUUAUAGAGGAAGUGAUCUACAUCUACAGGAAAAUCCCCUCCUCCAAAAGAUCACUCUUAAUUUGGGUAAAUGCUGCGGCUCCGGUGAUUGCUACUACCUCAUGCAUUGGCAUGUGGAUUCCUCGCUCAACAAUGUUUACAGAUUUCACAGCAGCAGUUUUUUUUGCCAUAGUUAUCCACAAGUUCCUGAUGAUGAUGAUUAAAGAGUGCGGGGGCCAAAAGAUGUUCCUCAGGCGGUUCGAAAAUGGUCGCUUCAAGAUCAGCACGGGGCCCUGCUGCUGCUGCUGCCUUUGCCUCCCCGGCGUGCGCAUCACUAGGCAAACCCUCUUUUGGCUGAAGCUGGGCACCUUCCAGUUUGCUUUCUUUCGACCUGUGUUCAUGUUUCUGUCAAUAGUGCUUUGGACCAAUGGCAAUUACAGCCUUUCUGAUUUGUCUCCUGAAGGAGCUGCGAUAUGGAUUAGCUGCUUCGUUGCUAUCCUGACCAUUAUUGCUCUGUGGCCAGUUGGAAUCAUGUUUCAACAAGUCAGGGGUCUCCUUAACUGUAAGAAGAUCAUCCCUAAAUUUGCCCUUUACCAGUUUGUCCUGAUUCUGAACCACCUGCAAACAGCUAUUAUCAACAUCUUGGCCAUGCAACAAAUUAUCCCCUGUGCUCCACCAUUCUCCUCCUCAGCAAGAGGAGCGUAUAUAACCCACCAGGUCCUCAUCAUGGAAAUGUUUCUGAUAACCCUAUUGUCAAGGGUGGUUUAUCGGAGAAAAUAUGAUGAACUAGAGCCUCCAGAGUGUGCCUGUGAAGAAGAUGGGGACUGCAAGCAGACUCCUAAGAUUAUCUUCAAUGGUGCAGUUAGUGAAGACAGAUUGCCAGGCUUUUAAAAGCCCCCAGAGCUCCUGUUCUGCAGGAGCUGGAAGCUGAGCUUCAGGAGCUUCUUUCACCACAAAUAGCCACUGCCCAUGUCAGAACAACUUCUGACAUAAAUGCCUGUGUGCUGCACUGAAGGGACCAACGACUGGAAUGAUAACCCUAUUUAUUCCCCAGUGAUACACACAUGGUGUGCAUGCUUUCACACCAUGUUCUCUUAUCCUGUGAUUGAGCACUUGACGGUAGCCAAACUGUCUCAUAAUGUGAUUUUUUAUUUUAUUUUUAUCUAUUAGAAUUGCUGUGAUUUAGAGUUAACCCAGCGCCAUUUUUCUAUCGUCUCUUGAAUUCUUCUGAUAGCCUGGUUGCUACCUUUCAGGUAGCCUGGUUUGCUGUCAUACAUCCCAAAACGCAUUUUCCUAUCCUUCUUCCAUUAAAAUUUAUCAUCUCUCACUCUGUCACAAGGUCACCAUAGCUAAUUCUGAUCAGUAAAUACAUUUGCAAGUUUGUUCUUAAAUCCCCAAACCUCCCUAGGCUCUCCACCUACAUAAAUGGAAAUUUCCAUUUAUGGGAAGACUUUUUGCAUUCCCUGUCAGUUCACUUCCUUACUUGAUAAAUACACAGUUGCUGUUUUUAAAUAUGUCAUUUGCUCACGUUCCUCCUAGAGAAGGGAGAUCUCUGUCACUGGUGUAGAAAAAGAAAGUAGGAGUCAGUCUGAGAUGUGUUCUGCCACUGCUCUGGGACGUUACAUGGCACUUUGGUUCUCUGUGUGGAAAAUGGGCAGUGUGAUACUCAGGGUCAGUGUGUCUGUGGGGAUGAAUACUGUUGAAUAUUCCGUUCUGCUGAAAACAGGUUUUAGUUUUAUUUUUUCCAAAUGAUCCAGAUGUUCUUGGAUAAACCUAAUUGCUUUGGUUAAGCUCACUGUAAUUUAUAAUAUGAUACCAUAUUUAGUAAGCAUUUGGAUAGGCUGGUUAUUGGGAAAGGAGGUGCAGCACCUCAUGCUAGCACUUGUCUCUCCUCAUCGAGUCUGACCCCUAGAAGUAGAUGCUUCAUCUGUAUAGCAAGAAUGGGAAUUCCCUAUAUAGGCUGGGAAAAUGCUCCAUGCUAGAAAAGAUGUUAAUAAUAUCCUUUACCUAUAAGGCAUCAAAUACAACAUUCCAUCAGAGUGAUGCUAGGGAGAUAGUGGGGCUUUAUUUGUACUUUAUAAGGAAUUCCAGAAAUACUUUCAGUUUGGGAGUUGGCUGUGGAAAAUGAAAUGUUCUGAAAACCUCAGCUAGUCAACAAGCUGGGAGGAGAAAAGGGGGUUGAAUUAAACAAAAUAGUUUCUUACUGAUUGGGGUAAAAAAUAUUAUUUUCUUUAAAAAUAGGAUUCCAUUGUACCAGAAAAAGAAUGAGUUAUUUUUGGUUUGAAGUGGUUGAAACAAUUUUGAUACCUAGCUUUUUUUCUAAGCAGACAAUCUGAGAAACUAUUACAGAUUUCUUAACUUCAUUAAUGUGAAUGAAUCUGCAUUUUUCUUUGAAAAGUAAUUUAGGUGAUAAUUUUCACUCUGCUCUAGAGUGUGACAGUAGAAUUAACUGGGAUCAACUAAUAUCUUCUUAAUAUAAGAAAUCUUCUUAAUGCAAUGUAACAUUUUGGCUAUUAGCAUAUUCCUAAUGUUGCCUUAUAUCAGUGUACUCUAGGCUGCAGAUAUGUUUGUAAUGUUGCUCUUACAGACUUAAUUUCAGAACAGCAUUGGGAAUGGUUGGCUGCGAGUCGAAGAAGCUUUAAAACUGGAAAAUAAAAUGUGUUGAGUUGAUAUCUCUGUGAA